CCUGGUGGUUCUCCUUGCGUUUAGAGAGCACUCCUGGUUACUGAGAAAACCCCAACCCCUGCAGUUUCAUGGCCUCACCUGCUUCUACCCAUUGCCUGAUUUCUUGGCCCUCUGCCUGAUAUCUAUCUGCCAGAGCCCUCCUCCCUCCCACUCACCUUCAGGACCGGUAUCAGCCAGGGACUGGCUCUUGGGGAAGAGCCCUUCAGAAGGGCUACUGUCAUCCCGUGGGACUUAGUUUCCCCUUGAGGAGACGGCUUUUGGGGUUGGGGGUAACGCCGAGGCAAGGGUGGGAAACCAAACUCCACGGUGCCCAAAUACCCUGGGCAGAUUAAGCGCUCCCCUUGCAAUCUCGAUUCUGCUGUCCUGAGCCCCGAGGGCCGUCUCCUAGGAAAGCCUUGCUCCCCCGCACCAACCCAGGGUUUUGGGUCACGUGACUCCAUUUCUGGGAACUGGGUCUUGGAGGGUGCGGUGCCCCCCGCGUGUGAGAUCUUGGAAAGGGAUCUUGGAAAGGGAUCCUCCCUGUUUCCAACCUCCCCAGUCUCCUCACUUUCUCCGGGCCCUGGACCUUGCCCUGGAUGUUAACCAUUUCCUAAUGAGCACUUUGAUAAAGGCUGGCAUUUAGGGCUCCCUUGUGGAGCAGGUAGCUGCGGUUGGUAGGAUCCAGUCCAGAAGGCGGGGAGCUUCUGUCUGAGAACAUCCCAGGAUCGUCCACCAGAGGGCAGAAAAACCAUAAAUUAAAAAGUGGAAUAAUCUCCCUAAUAGAUGCUCCCACUGAAUGCCUAGCAUCCUUACGGUCUCCGUCUCGGUCAGUUUGCAAUUAGUCUCAUUUUCCGGCUGAAAAUACUGAGACUUAGAAAGAAGGAAGCCACUGGCCCAGCUCUCCCUGGCUGUUGCUGGCAGAGCUGGGAUGGAAGCCCAGGCUGCCCAAACGAUGGGGCAUGUGCAGGCUCUGGCUAAGGUCAAAGUUGGAGGUUCAUGUCCCAGGAUGGGAGAGGGUUGGGGUAGAAGGUGUUCCUAGCUGGGAGAACUAUGUUCUUUUGGGAUGCUGUGUGGCCAAGGGGAAGUGGCCUGACCUCUCUGAGCCUCGACUUGGCUCCUCUUCUGCAACGUGAGGACAAGAGUUCUGACUGCCAGAGUGUGAAGCUUGAAGGAGGUGCCGGAGCUCAAGAGUCAUUGCAAGACCUGGCACGUAGCAGGCACUCAGGAAAUGAGUUCCCCAUCUUUCCUGAGCCUCCCCUCCCAUGUCCCUGGCCGUGGGGAGUGACAGGGUCAGGAUGGGCCUCAGGGAGACGGGGGCUGGGACGCUUGGGACCCUGAGCCCCUCCCCAUGGUGCCCGGAACCCAGUGAGGGGGCCCCACCUCCGACUUCCUGCGGCACCGGCCACAUCCUGCCCUGGGGUGCCCUGCGCAGGCCACUUCCCCCUCUGGCUGGGGCGGCAACCCCAGAACCUGCUGGACAGGGGAGAGGACAGACGGAGAAGGAUGGAUAGAUUCUGGACGACCCCCGGCCAAUUCUCCCUUCUCGCAGCUCUGGUCCCGCGGCUGGUUCAGGCCCAACCCUUGGCCCAGAGGAAGCCGUGGCUGGUGGGGCUGGGGGCUGCGCUGGCCUCCCUCUUCCUCAUCUUUGUCCUCACCUUGGUCUACGCCAUCUGGUGCAGCGAGCCCUGGGACAGGCAGCCAUCCAGAGAUGCCCCAGUGCCUUCUCCAUGCCGCAUCAGCAAGGACCCGGCCCUGGGGCCAGUGAGAGGACUCCACCUGGGAUUCAGGGGAAAGUGGCCCUUGAGUGCAGAGGACUCAGGACCUGCCCCAAGUCCCUCUUGGAGGGCUCUCUGCGUGUUACCUGGUCGCCCUGUACCCCUUCCCAAGCUUGGUCUCCACCUGAUGAUUCUUCUUGAGCUUGGAGGACACCCCUGGCACAAGGAGCAACCACCUCCCCGAGACCCCCUACUAUCUCAUAUCUCUACCCAGUCUGCAUCGCUGGCAGCUUUUGGCCCUUUUGAUUUCUUCUCCCACCUCCGAUUUCUAUUGCCCUUUGGAUCUCAUCGGAGAAGCCAGGUCCUCCUCUUGCCCACGUGCAAGCUCUUCCGAGAGUUUUCCAGGCCUGCUUCGAGGACUCCAUAGGAGUCACUUGUCUCCCCGCCCCGCUCCUGGCCUCCCUACCUUGUGCUCAUUUCGGGGCACUGUCCUGGAGGCAGGGACUCCCAGGGCCUGGGGUGAGGGUGCAGGAGUGCGAGUGGGGAGGAACCCCUUCUUCCAGUCCUGCACUCCUUGUGGGGAGGCGCCAUGCAGAAGAAGGAGUUGGAGUCCCCACUUCUUUGCUAUGUGGCCCCGAGGCAAGUAACUUAACCUCUCUGUGCCUAAGUGUCCUGUCCUGUAAAAGGGGAGGAUAACAGAUUCUUCACAAGUCGUCAUGGUUUGAAUGAAAUACGGUCUACAGAAAUCCUGAGCGCAGAACCCAGCACCCCAAAAGCGUCUUAAUAA